GGGUUAGGGUCCCCUCUUUUAAAACCCUCCCUUCCCCUUCAUAUCUCCCUGCUCCCGCACGCAACGGAAACAAAAUAUAAAAAAUAAAAAUAAAAAACAUUUUUCUUAAAAAAAAAACCGAUCCACAUAAAAAAAACUGGGGAACUCUGCAGUUGGCAGUGGCGAGGGAAGAAGUACUGUAGUAGUAGUAGCAGUAGCAGUUAGUGAGGUGGUGAGUGGUGACGCACACUCGUAUCAUAACAUCACAAUUUCUUCCUAGUCCGAUUCGACUCAGCAAUGGUUAGCUUGACUCGGAGCAACUCGCUACUAUUUGAUGCCGGGAUAACUCUAUCGUUGAUGAAAUUCUUUCUCGGUUUGGAUCCACCUUCGGUUUCAGUGACAAGUGGAGCUUGCUCGUAGUGUCGCCUUCUGCUGCUCCUCGCCGUUGAUUUUUCUUCCCAAUUGCUUAGAUCUGAACCACUUUUAAAGCAAUCAACGGCGUCGCUCAUGUCUAUCGGUUUAUUGAAGAAUGUUCAAGGCCUGUUGCUGAAACGGUUGCUCGUGUUAUUCUGCUUGUUGUUUGUUAUUGAGUCUGGUGCAAGUGAGAUAGGACCCCAACCCCCAUCGUUAGCUUCAGACAGACCACUACUAGUAGAUGACCACGGGUCAAAGCAUUUCUCCUUUCAUGGUACACCAGUUGUAGCAGUUUCACCAGCCAAUCCUCCUUCAUAUGGUCCUUUAAUGAGUACUAGUCAUCCCCCUGGAAGUUCACAUUUCUCCGUACCAUUCAAGAAGAAGACUGAAUUACAACCUCCGAUUUCUGGAUUUAAAGAUAUUGCUCCUGUACAUUCUGCUGGAGCUGCAACACCUUCUGCUUUGGCUCAGCCACCAUUGGCCCCUUAUGUUUCCAAUUGUUGUAAACAAGACAUGGUAUUGAAACGAGGCACUAAGAGUUGCCAGUGUGUCUAUCCAAUAAAGCUAGACCUUCUGCUUUUGAAUGUUUCUCAAAGUCGUACUUGGAAUGAUUUUCUUGAUGAGUUAGCUACUCAUCUUGGGCUACGCAGCACCCAGAUUGAGCUGAUAAAUUUCUAUGUAAUCGGUUUAUCAACAUUAAAUAUGUCAAUGGAUAUUACACCAUAUAAAGGGAUCGGUUUCUCUGCCAGCGAAGCAGCUAAGAUAAACUCGUCACUUUCAAUGCAUAAGAUUCAACUGGACCCUAAAUUAGUGGGUGACUACAAAGUCAUCAAUAUAACUUGGUUUCAACCACCGCCUCCUUCUCCAGCUCCUGCUUUUGCUGCAUCACCUGUGAAUACUCCUCUGUAUCACUCACCUACUGCUGAAUCAUCAAGUUCAUCAAAUAGUGGAAGGCAUUCAAAUUUGUUUCUUAUACUUGGAAUUGCUAUAGGCUUACUCUUCAUUGCGAUCAUAUCUAUACUUGUACUUUGUUUAUGUACAUUGUUGCCGAAGGCAAAAGAACCUCCUGUUGAAAGUGAAAAGCCGAGGACAGAAAGUACUGUUUCAGCUGUGGGUUCGCUUCCCCAUCCAUCUAGCACAAGGUUUAUUGCAUAUGAAGAACUUAAAGAGGCAACAAACAAUUUUGAACCUGCCAGUGUACUUGGAGAAGGAGGGUUUGGUAGAGUUUUUAAAGGUGUCUUAAAUGAUGGUACUGCUGUAGCAAUAAAGAGACUCACUAGUGGAGGGCAACAGGGUGACAAAGAGUUUCUUGUCGAGGUUGAGAUGCUUAGCCGGUUGCAUCAUCGUAACCUUGUAAAACUAGUGGGAUAUUAUAGCAAUCGUGAUUCAUCUCAAAAUCUACUUUGUUAUGAGCUUGUCCCUAAUGGAAGUUUGGAGGCCUGGAUAUAUAUAUAUAAAAUAUUUCUUUGUGCACUGAUGGAAAUUUUGGCCGAGUUUUAUGCAGGUCCCUUGGGAAUCAAUUGUCCUUUGGAUUGGGACACCAGAAUGAAGAUUGCGCUCGAUGCUGCAAGAGGACUUUGUUACCUCCAUGAAGACUCACAACCCUGUGUGAUACACAGAGACUUCAAGGCAUCGAACAUAUUGCUUGAGAACAACUUUCAUGCUAAAGUAGCAGAUUUCGGUCUUGCUAAGCAAGCACCUGAAGGCAGAGCUAAUUACUUGUCUACUCGUGUCAUGGGAACUUUUGGGUAUGUAGCUCCUGAGUAUGCCAUGACCGGGCACCUUCUUGUUAAAAGUGAUGUCUAUAGCUACGGGGUUGUCUUGCUGGAGCUGCUUACUGGAAGGAAACCUGUGGACAUGUCGCAGCCAACUGGACAAGAGAACCUUGUAACUUGGGCUAGGCCAAUCCUUAGAGACAAGGACAGGUUGGAAGAGAUCGCUGAUCCAAAACUUGGGGGAAAGUAUCCAAAGGAAGAUUUUGUACGUGUUUGCACCAUUGCUGCUGCUUGUGUUGCUCCUGAAGCAAACCAACGACCAACAAUGGGUGAAGUGGUGCAGUCACUUAAAAUGGUGCAGCGCAUCACAGAAUACCAGGAUUCCAUGAUACCCUCAUCCAAUACACGGGCAAACCUGAGACAGUCCUCUAGCACUUUUGAGUUUGAUGGAACAUCUUCAAUGUUCUCUUCAGGUCCUUACUCUGGUCUAAGCGCCUUUGAGAACGAAAAUGUUUCUAGGACUGCAGUUUUCUCUGAAGAUCUUCAUGAAGGACGAUGAAGGUUUUCACCAAAGAAAUGGAGGCUGCAGGCUAGACUCAAGUCUCAAAUCCACCGAGGUGCCAAAGUAUUUAAUUUCAUAAUUUAAGCGAGUUGUUUUGGUCCCACGGCUAGAGGUGAAAAUAUAAGCCCAGGAGUUUUCCUAAAUGAUGGAAGCUUUUUGUUGCUGUUGAGAGUGAUAGAAUUUCAUUAGCAAUGAGUUAGUUGAAGAUGUUUGGCUAAUAUAGCUUGUAUAAAUAGAACUAAAUUAGCCAACUGGUUCAUUUGUUAACUGUAGUCUUGACAUUGAUCAUCAAGAGUUUUAUUUAUCCUUGACAAGAACCAAAGGAUGAUUACUUGUAUUUGUUGUAUUGUAUUUUUCUAAUUGAAUUCGUACAGGGAUUUCUUCGUGGUAACAUUUGGCCAUUUGCCAUCAUUUAUGGUAAACCACCAUAUCUCAUUCUCUUCUGAAGGGUUUGUGAGGAGAAGAUAAAA